CUCAUAUUACUGCGUCACCAGAGGUUAUAGGUCAUGUGUCUGACGCCGCCACAUGCAUGAUGUUGUGUUGUUGAUACUGAAGAUUUCUAAGGAUUUACCGCUUCUAGAGGAUUCUUCUCAGUAGGUGUUCUGCAGUCCUCUGGUCCAGACUGAUUUUUCCUCUGAGGAAAGAUAAUGAGGAACUUGAAGCUACUGAAGAGCCUGCGGAGCUCUGAGCUGCAGGGUCCCGGCUCGCCGCAGUGCCUCUGUGUGCGGGCGGACACCGGGUCACUGCUGGUCGCCUCAAACUACUCCAUCACAGAAUAUGACCCACGUACCGGCCAGGAGCUCAGUGAAGCAUCAUUGACAGCUGAGGGUUUCCUCCACGAGGACGGUAGUGGAGAGGUGGUUGGACUGCAGGACUUGGCUGAACACGAGUCUGCAUGUUUGGCCACAGCUGGUGGUGAUGUCAUCCUGUUCAACCUCAACACGUGCAAGUUGGAGUGUGUCGGCAGUGUGGACAGUGGUCUGACCUCAAUGAGCUGGAGUCCUGAUGAGGAGCUCGUCAUUCUCACUACUGGUCAGGAAACCAUCAUCAUGAUGACCAAAGACUUUGAGCCCAUCACUGAGGUCGGAAUCCACCAAGACGACUUUGGUGAAGGAAAGUUUAUCACGGUGGGCUGGGGAAAGAAGGAGACUCAGUUCCAUGGCUCAGAGGGGAAACAGGCGGCCCAGAGGAAGACCCAGGAGGUGCAGCCGGCUGCAGCCUGCGAUGACCGCAGGCCGAGGGUGACGUGGCGAGGUGACGGUCAGCUGUUUGCAGUCAGUGCUGUUUGUCCUCAGACUGGGGCCAGGAAGGUCCGGGUAUGGAACAGAGAGGGAGUCCUGCAAGCCACCAGUGAGCCCAUCAACGGACUGGAGCAGGCGCUCUGCUGGAAUAAGGGAUCUCCUGAUGCUUGAGUGUAUUUCACUUUUAACCUUCCACAUGAGAACAUUGUAAAUCUUAGUGUGGUUUUCAUGGAGAAGAACGGACUGCUGCACAGAGACUUCACCCUACCCUUCAGCAAAGACCAGGCCAAGGUGAAGGAUCUGCUGUGGAACAGUGACUCCACGGUGUUAGCUGUUUGGUUGGAGGACAUGACGGCCGGGGAGGACAAACAAGUCAACACUUGCAUCCAGCUGUGGUCGGUGGGGAACUAUCACUGGUAUCUGAAGCAGAGUCUGGACUUCGGCAGAGACUCUCGAAAGGCUCCAGUUUCUGUCUUCUGGGACCCUGAGCGCCCCCUGAGGCUCCACGUUGUGACCCGCGCCUGGACCACCAUCACCUACGACUGGGGCUGGACAACCGAGAGAAGCCCCGGGCUGGACGCCACCGAUGGCGCCAACGUGGCUGUGAUUGAUGGAGAUAAAGUCCUGGUGACGAGCUUCAGGCGGUCUGUGGUUCCUCCUCCCAUGUGUUCAUUCGAGCUCCAGCUGACCUCCCCGGUCAACCAGGUGACCUUCCUCUGCCAGGCUCAGAUGACCAAUCAGCUGGCAGCAAUGACCUCUGAUGGACAGAUCUCAGUCUACAAACAAGAUUUAGGAGAGAAGGCUUCUAAAACAACAAAUGGAUUCAGAACGGUGUCUCGUCCCCUGGUCCUCCAGAAAACCUUCAGAGUGACAGUUCACCAGCAGGAGCCUCUGGCCCUGCGGCAGCUGCUGUGGCUGACGGACGAUCUGUUUGUGGCUGUGAGUCCUGGUCGGCUGCAGACCUCCUCCACCUUACUGAUGCUCCAUCCUGCUCCCGACGCUGACGACACACUCACUGUCAGGUCAGAGGUGGAAGUGGACGGUGUUAUCGUCAGCGUGGUUCACAGCUCACAGAGCGCUACUGUGGCGCUGCAGCUGGAGGACGGACAGAUCAGGAAGCUGCUCUGGGAUUGUCCGGAGCCUUCAGUGGAAGAUUGGCGUGACACCAGCGGAUGUUGCAUCAACUUCCCCGUCCCCUGUGUUCAGACAGCGCUCUGCAGCAUCAGCGGGGAGGAAUAUCUACUCGGCCUGACGGACAGAUCUCACCUGUACGCAGGAGACACUGAGCUGGCCUCCAAUAUUUCCUCCUUUGCUGUUUGCAAUGAUUUCCUCCUCAUCACAACACACUCACACACCUGUCGCUGCCUCCAACUGAGCGCGCUCAGUGUCAAAGGGCUGCAGGCGGCCCUGGCUUCAGAUGGAGUUCAGAAUGAUGAGACACUACGACGAGUGGAGAGAGGAUCCAGGAUUGUCACUGUGGUCCCUCAAGACACCCGAGUCAUUCUGCAGAUGCCUCGUGGAAACCUUGAGACGGUGCAUCAUCGAGCACUGCUCUUAGCUCAGCUCAGGAGAUGGUUGGACAGUCUGAGGUUCAGAGACGCCUUCUAGUCGAUGAGGAAGCUGAGGAUCAAUCUGAACUUCAUUUACGAUCACAACCCAAAGGUUUUUCUGGAAAACAUCGAGACUUUCAUCGUACAACUCGACUCUCUCAACCACAUCAACCUCUUCCUCACUGAGCUCAAGGAGGAGGACACAACCAGCAUCAUGUACCCCCGUCCUGAGGGAGGCUUGAUCCAGACUCCUCCUGCUGUGUCCGGGCAGAAGAAGGUGGAUGUUGUCUGUGAUGCUUUUAAGAGUGCGAUGGAGUCGAUGGAUCCAAACAAGUUCUUUCUGUCCAUCCUGACGGCUCAUGUGAAGAAGACGGUCCCCGAGCUGGAGACCGCUCUGCAGAAAGUCCACGAGCUUCGAGUAAAUCCUCCUGAAGCUCCCGAUGCCGUGAGCGCUGAAGAGGCCUUGAAGUACCUCCUCUUCCUCGUCAACGUCAACGAUCUGUACGAACACUCUCUGGGGACGUACGACUUUGAUCUCGUGCUCAUGGUGGCGGAGAAAUCCCAAAAGGAUCCCAAAGAGUACCUCCCCUUCCUCAACAUGCUGAAGAGCCUGGAGCUGAACUACCAGCGCUACACCAUCGACAAACACCUCAAACGCUACAAGAAGGCUCUGCAUCACCUCAGCAAGUGUGGAGAGGAACAUUUCUCUGAAGCUCUGCAGCUUGUGAAGGAGCAGAAACUUUACACUGAAGCUCUGCGGCUGUAUGCAGCAGACAGCAUUCACUACAAGGCUCUGAGCUGUGUGUAUGCCGAGCACCUGGUGGAGCAGCAGCAGGCGGAGCAGGCCGGCUUGUUGCUGUGGAGAUGUGGAGAGUUAGCCAGCGCCCUGCAGGCGUUCACCAGCAGCUCCAGCUGGAGGAACGCCAUCUGUGUGGCGCAGCAGAUCCCACUUCCACCGGACCAGUUAGCUCUGCUGGCCAGAGACCUGGCAGAGAAGCUGACUGAACAGCGGCGGUACUCAGAAGCGGCUCUGCUGUUGGACCAGUACGCUAAAGACUGUGAGGAGGCCAUAUUGGCUCUGAUCACCGGCGCAGUGUGGGAGGAGGCGCUCCGAUUGAUUUACAUGCACAACAGACAGGACAUCACUGAGACCAACCUCAAACCUGCUCUGAUGGAAGCUGUCAGCACUCAGACCACCUUCUUGGAGACUCAGGUAGCGACGUUCACACGGCACAGGACCCGGCUGGCUGUGGUCAGAGAGCAGAAGGAGAAGGCCAGACUGGACAUGCUGGAUGAAGACGGUCCAGACUGUCCUGAUGCUGAGCUUUACUCUGAAGCAAGCAGCGUGCUGACCGGCUCCAAAUACUCCCACAGCAACUCCCGUAUCUCCUCGAGGUCGUCAAAGAAUCGCCGGAAAGCUGAGAGGAAGAAGUUGAGUCUGAAGGAGGGAAGCCCGAUGGAGGACCGAGCGCUGAUGUGUGCUCUGGGUGACAUCAUGAGCACUGUGGACAAGAUGAGAGAGGAAAUGCACGGCCUGCUGAAGGCUUUGGUGUUGUUCCAGUUCCACAAACAGGCGGAGAAGCUGCAGCUGGCCUUCACUGAGGCUCUGCAGAUGAUCGAGGCAGCGAUCCCUGAGGUGUGGCCCGAAAGCCUGCAGAGCAAUCAAACACCGCUCACCGGGCCGAACUCGACUGCAAACAGCAUCAUGGCUUCAUUCCAGCAGCAGCAGAGACCUGCAGCUCCACAACAAGCUCCUGAAGUCCUGACGCCACCAAAGAUGAGAAACGGUAUCAAGUGGAAGCUCGCUGUUCUUACAUGACUUAGAUGUGUUUAAGUUUUAUUAUUUUUUAAACUGUAAAGUCAAAUGGAAAUUAUGUGGUAAAUAAAGAUUCAGGUAAUGUCUC